GAUCUUUUGAUUAGAGAUAAUUUCACAAGGUAUUCUCAAGAAAUUUAGGGUUUGGUUAGGUUUUUCUGCUCUGCCUUGUAAGAAGGAAAGAAGAAGAGCAAAUUUGGGGCUUUGGAGAGAUUUGAAGUGUUGUUGUAUCUGCUUUGAUUUUUCUUAAUGGGGAAGAAGGAGGUUGGAGCCGCGGUCAUAUGCGCUGCAACUGUUGUUGCUGCGGCGACGUUCAUCGUUCGCCAUCGCAUGCGGAGUUCUGGUAACUGGGCUCGAGCUAUGGCCAUAGUCAAAGAACUCGAGGAGAAGUCUGCGACGCCGAUUGCUAAACUCAAACAGGUCGCCGAUGCUAUGACCGUUGAGAUGCAUGCAGGUCUUGCCUCCGAGGGAGGAAGCAAGCUUAAGAUGCUCCUCAGCUUCGUCGACAAUCUCCCCACUGGGGAUGAGAAAGGAGUAUUUUAUGCUUUGGAUCUUGGUGGAACAAACUUCCGUGUGUUGAGAGUACAAUUGGGAGGGAAAGAAGGGCGUGUUGCUAAACAAGAAUUUACUGAGGUGGCAAUUCCUCCACAUUUGAUGGUUGGGAAUUCGCAAGACCUAUUUGAGUUCAUUGCAAAAGAACUUGCAAAAUUUGUUGAUUCUGAAGGUGAAGACUUUCAACCUUUUCCUGGUAGGAAGAGGGAAUUGGGUUUUACCUUCUCAUUUCCUGUGAAGCAAUUAUCAAUUGUCUCAGGGACCAUUAUGAAGUGGACGAAAGGCUUCUCAAUUGAGGAUGCGAUUGGGCAAGAUGUAGUUGCAGAAUUGAUGAAAGCUGUGGAAAGACAAGGCCUUGAUAUGCGUGUGACAGCUCUGGUCAAUGAUACAAUAGGAACGUUAGCUGGUGGAAGAUACUAUGACAAUGAUGUCGUUGCUGCUGUCAUCUUGGGUACUGGAACAAACGCAGCUUAUGUUGAGCGUGUACAGGCAAUUCCCAAGUGGCAUGGUCCUGUACCCAAGUCAGAAGAGAUGGUUAUCAAUAUGGAAUGGGGUAGCUUCCGGUCAUCACAUAUUCCUUUAACAGAGUAUGAUCAUGCAUUGGAUGCUGAGAGUUUAAACCCUGGUGAACAGAUUUUUGAGAAGAUAAUUUCUGGUAUGUAUUUAGGAGAGAUUGUACGCAAAGUCUUGUGUAGGAUGGCUGAAGAAGCUGCCUUUUUUGGUGAUACUGUUCCGGAAAAACUUAAAAUUCCAUUCAUACUGAGGACACCUGAAAUGUCUGCCAUGCAUCACGACAAAUCUUCUGAUCUGAGAGUGGUGGGGAACAAACUGAAGGAUAUCUUAGGGAUUUCUAACACCUCCCUGAAAACAAGAAAAGUUAUUGUUGAACUAUGUAAUAUUGUUUCAACACGUGGGGCUCGUCUUUCUGCGGCAGGAAUCUUGGGUAUCCUGAAGAAACUGGGAAGAGAUACGGUCAAGGAGGGAGAGAAGCAGAGAACAGUGAUAGCAUUGGACGGUGGGCUUUUUGAGCAUUACAAAGAAUUUAACCAUUGUCUUCAGGCCACACUCAAAGAGUUGGUGGGGAAGGAGGUUGCGGACUGCAUUUUCAUCGAGCAUGCCAAUGAUGGCUCUGGCAUUGGGGCUGCACUUCUCGCAGCUUCGAACUCUCAGUACCUGGAGGUCUAGGAGACUUGAGAAUUUAGGUACACUGAUAUAUAUUUUCAAGGAUAGAACACCUUUUUAUUUCUUUUCACUUGCCAUUCAAUUGUUUCGACUUUGAGCCUCUUUAGAGUUGCAGAAACGAAAAGUUCCAGAAUCCUGUAUUUAUUGCCUGGCAGAUUUAUGACAAUUGAGAGGUAGAUUAAAUGUAUAAUUACAGGAACUGGAUGUUUUUCACUUCGGCCUGCCACAUUACCUCUUGUCUUCCUGCUGCUGCUAGGUGGGGGUUGGGUUUCA